AUGGAGAAUGAUGGCAAAGAGUCGUAUAAGGAUGGUAUGGUGGAUUUAAGUGUUGAGUAUGAGUGUAGUUCCGAUGAAAGUGAUGAUAUGGUGGAUGUAACUGUAGAUGAAGCAGAGGCAGAUAUAAUUAAUGCUGGUGGUUUGGAAAAGUUGAUAACUGAUUUGACCAUCGAAGACAUAUGGGGACUGGCGUUUGAUACAGAAUCUCAAGUUUGUGAAUUUUAUGCCAAAUAUGCCAAGUGCUAUGGAUUUAUGUCCCGAAAAGACUUGAAGACAGUGGAUGCUAAUGGCAACAUUAAUACAAGACAGUUGGUUUGCAAUAAAGCAGGAGAAAGACAUUGGAAGCACCUUAAAAGGGACAAUCGGCAAAGGGAGCAUAGGGCAAUUACUCGUGUCAACUGCAAGGUGAGGAUUCGGUUCAUUCGUCACUAUAGAACGGGUAAGUGGAAAGUCAGUGUCUUUCAGAGUGAACACAAUCAUCCACUAUGUCCACCUAAGUACAGACAUCUUAUUGCCGCGAAUCGUAAGCUUGAUGAGGCCGAUAAAACACAAGCAGACAGCUUGCGAGCAUGUGGUGUUAAAACUUGCCACAUAAUGGGUUACAUGGUUUCCCAAAAAGGUGGAUAUGAUAAAGCAGAUAGUGACCCGUUAUUUCUAGGAAAGUUCACCUUAAAGGAUGGUAGGUUGGAUAAUUUGGUGUGGGCUGAUGGAGAAAGCGUUGUUGAUUACGAAUGUUUUGGCGAUGUACUGGCUUUUGACACCACUUACAAGAAAAAUGAAAAGGAAUUUUUGGAAAUCAUGUCAAGAAAACUACCCGGAGGCGUUGUGACAGACGGAGACCGUGCUAUGAGAGAGGCUAUCUUAGAAGUAUUUCCUGGUAUACCACACCGCCUUUGUGCAUGGCAUCUCCAUCGUAAUGCGAGAUGGAAUGAGAUCAUAUCCAAAUACGGACUUGCCGAGAAUGAAUGGGUCCAGGUCAUUUAUAAUGACAGAAUGAAGUGGGCUACCGCAUAUUUGAGGGAGCACUUCUUUGGCCGCAUAAGAACUACAUCACAGUGUGAGGGAAUUCAUUCAUUAUUGAAGAACUAUGUUGACAGUAAAACCAGUCUCGUUGAAUUCAUGCAUAAAUUUAGUGAAGUACUAAGGCAUUACCGAAACAACCAUCUUACUGCUGACUUUGACACCUUUUAUAAGUUUCCUGUUUUGACUACGUGCUUGGAAAGUUUUGAGAAACAAGCUGCUGAACUUUAUACUAGAAAUAUUUUUAAACUUGUGAAAGAUGAGAUAGAAGUAGCAGGUGCUUUAAAUGUGACUGAAUGCCCAAACAGUGGAGACAUUGUUGAGUACAGCACGAGUGAGUAUUUUAAUCAGCAAUGGGAAUUUAAAGUGUCUUACAAUAAAGACAAAGACCUGUUUGCGUGUGAGUGCAGGCUAUUUGAGACUCGUGGACUACCGUGCUCCCACAUCUUUGGGAUCUUGAAGCAUCGCAAUGCAAAUUGUGUCCCUACAUCUCUUAUCCUGAAAAGAUGGACAAGAGUGAUUUUAUAUGCUCAAUUGGCGAGCAAGACGCCGCUGAUGAUAUAG